AUGGCGGGGGCGCGAGAGACGGAGCUGUCGCUGCUGCACAGGAGGAGAGAGGAGGAGCUGAGAAGCAUGAGCGAGGCGAUCAUGCUGCGCAGGUAUGCCGCGUCUUCCUUCCUGCCUUUCGUGCGGGGGACGAGGCCGAACGCGGACCUGGCGCGGGUGCAACGAGAGAACCUGGUGCUUCGAAGCAUCGUCAGGGACGGCAUGCUGCUGAGCUCAACUGAGGUGGAGCAACUGAGGUUUCGGCUGCAUUGCCAUGAGUGCAGGGAGGUAGGAUACUCGGCAGGCGCGUGGGAGGACUUGUCAGAGCCCCCGCACAAGUCGCUGCUGCCUGACGAGCUCGAGAUGUGGGAGCAGCCGAGGCGAUCAUGGCACGAGGAGGGGGCGGGCGGGGUCGUUGCGUACUUGCUGAGCCGGAGCUGGGCUCUGCUGGGGGAGGUGCAGGGGAUGCUGGAGGAGGCACACUGGGAGGAGGACGAAGACCUUGGAUCGAUCUCGACCAUCUCUCAAGUUUCUUCUUGUGCAUGA